AUGUGUUCUGAUCAAGUAUUGAUCAUCAGAAAUUGGGUGCAAGUGCGUUUCAGAUGUGCGGAUACAGCAGCAAUAAUAUCUCCAAACAUUGGAGCCCACAACACUUGAGGAAAUGAGAGCCCAACAAGUGUCGAAUUACACCGAGCAGUAUAUAGAUAACGAUUAUGUGAACCACAAAACUCAAAUUUGCGACAACUAAGCGUUCUCCCUCUUCCUCCCAUGGCCGUGGCUUGCAUGGUGAAUCCCACCACUCCGAGGAGCUGGAGGAAGAAGACGACCCUCAACCUAUUCGACUGGGCCAAGAACAAAAGAACCCAAGAACGCAAUCCGCCCAAGUACCACGACGUCGACCUCCCGUUCCCAAAAUCCCUCGUAGCCAACACCCACCUACGAGGUGUUCGAUCAAUUGCCUCAGCCAGCCGGGAACUGAAAUGCUGCUACAUGGCCUCCGUCGACGGCUUCAGCGCCGCCGACUUCCACCGCUGCUGCGACUUCAAGGGCCCCUGCGUGGUAAUUGGCCGCACCACAAACUCAUUCCGAUUCGGCGCAUUCAAUCCGGAAGGGUACAGGAGCACAGACGACUACUACGACACGUUCGACGCAUUUCUCUUCUACUGGAAGGAGGACACCGACGACGACGGCGAGCCCGCGGUGCUGCGCAAGGUCGGCGGCAGCGGCGCCGCGCUGUUCGACUACGCGCGGGGCGGGCCGCAGUUCGGGGCCGACGGGCUCCUCAUCGGGCCACCGCUGGCGCCGGUGAUGGGGGGUUUCGCAGGGCCGGACACGAAUUCUGGCGUCGGGGAUCUGCGGGCGGCGAGGUCGCGCCUUGGGCUCUCGUAUGAGAAGAGGGAGGACGGGAAGGAGUCGUUGUUCGGGGACGAGUCGAGGGCGACUUUGGUGGAGGUGCAGGUCUUCUGCAGCCCCUACAUUGCGAGCUUGUACUGAUUACUGAAAAGAGGCCGUUUAUAACGGUUGGGGGUGUAAAAGGAGAAGUUGGUUUCAGAGAGGUUUCAUGAGUUCCCAAAUGGAAGUUAGUUACCGUUGUUAGUUAAUGCGUGGAUGCUCGUGUACUUUGAAAUAAAAAUAUCAUUUAAACAUAUAAUAUUUUUGGGUUAAUUUUA